AUGCUACAAGUAGCACUUAUGCUGGCAUUGAGCUCCACAGCCCUGGCCGUUUUCGAGUGCUCCAGUCAAGAGACGACAGCGUUCGUUCGUAUAGCCCGUGCACGCCUGGAUGGCACACCAGUAGUCGUUUCCACUGCCGGUCACGAUCUCACCUGCGCCCAAUAUUGUCGCAACAACAUCGAACCCACCACCGGUGCUCAGCGAGUCUGCGCUUCGUUCAACUUCGACGGUCGUGAGACUUGCUAUUUCUUUGACGAUGCUGCUUCACCAGCAGGGACGAGCCAGCUAACAGCGAAUCCCUCAGCGAACAAUUUCUACUAUGAGAAGACAUGUCUGCCUGGAGUUUCUGCUCACGAGGCUUGCACUUAUCGUUCGUUUUCGUUUGAACGAAUGCGUAAAACUGUUUUGGAAGGAUUUGUCAAAAGAAGUGUGCAGGUCACUAAUCGGGAGCAGUGCUUGUCUACUUGCCUGAAAGAAAAAGACUUCGUAUGUCGCUCCGUCAACUACAAUUAUGAUUCCUAUCUCUGUGAAUUAAGCACCGAAGACAGGAGAUCAAAGCCAACCCACCUUCGAAUGGCUGAAGGCGCUAUCGAUUACUUCGACAAUAACUGUCUUUCCCGUCAGAACCGUUGCGGCCCAUCCGGUGGAAAUCUGGUAUUCGUGAAAACUACGAAUUUCGAAAUCAAGUUCUAUGAUCACACACAGUCCGUUGAAGCCCAAGAGUCAUAUUGUCUUCAGAAAUGCCUCGAUUCCCUAAAUACUUUCUGCAGAUCGGUCGAGUUCAACCCAUCCGAAAAAAACUGCAUCGUGUCCGACGAGGAUACAUUCUCACGAGCUGAUCAACAAGGACAAAUUGUUGGCAAAGACUACUAUGAACCCAUCUGUGUCGCAGCCGAUUUAUCAUCAUCGACGUGCCGUCAGCAGUCGGCCUUCGAGCGAUUCAUCGGCUCGUCGAUCGAAGGAGAGAUUGUCGCAUCGGCUCAGGGUGUGACUAUAGCUGACUGCAUCUCACUCUGCUUUCAGAAUCUUAACUGUAAGAGUAUCAACUACGACAGAACUGCUUCUACCUGUUUCAUCUACGCAGUUGGCCGUAGUGAUGCUAAUAUCAAAGCAAAUACAGCGAUGGACUACUAUGAAUUUAACUGUGAAUCGCAGUUCGGCGGCAUGGCUCUAUGCACCAAUGAAGGUAUUCGGUUCAUUGUGAACACCAAAGAACCGUACACUGGCGCCAUCUAUGCUGCUGAGCGAUUCUCGACUUGCUCACAGGUUGUGGAAAAUGCAAAGCAGAUUAGUAUUACCUUCCCACCUCCAACAGUAUCCUCUGAUUGUGGAACUGUCAUUCGAGAUGGAAAAAUGGAAGCCCUUGUUGUCGUCUCUCUUGAUGGAGUCCUUCCCCAUCAGGUUACUACGGAGUGGGAUCGUUUCUAUCGCGUCUCAUGCGAUGUUUCUAUGGAUAAGAUGACCAAAGAGGGUUCAGUUGUGGUCACUACUAUCUACGAAGCAAAUUCACAAAAUACAACCGUCCUCGAAGUGGCUACUCCACCUCCAGUCACUGCUGAGCUCACUAUUCUUAACCAGCUAGAAGAGCCACUCCACAAGGCGUCAAUUGGAGACCCACUGAUGCUUGUGAUUACUUCUGAACAAGCUGGUCCGCACAAUAUGAUGAUCACCGAAUGUACUGCAACACGAGUGGGUGGUUUUGGUGACAGCGUGCCAUUCACCCUCAUUGAAAACGGUUGCCCACGUUAUCCUGCUUUGGUUGGACCAGUGGAGCAAGACUUCGACAAGAAUAGACUAAAGAGUGACCUACGUGCGUUCCGUCUCGACGGUUCCUAUGAUGUGCAGAUUAUCUGCUCGAUCAUGUUUUGUGCCGGACCCAAUGGAUGUCCAGUGUCCAACUGUUUGGAUUCCGGCACACAUGAGCUGUUUAUGUCUCAUGGACGUAAAAAGCGUUCAACUAACAUGGACGGUCAUACCGAGGAGACAUUGUCGGCCAUAAUUCGCGUUCUGGCAAAAGGAGAGGAGGAAGAGUUGCGAAUGAAAAACCAAACGCUUCAAAGUGCACAAGAUCUUGAUUUGGUUUGCAUGUCGGAGACGUGGUUCGUCUCAUCCGUGGUCUCUGCUUCCAUUUGCUGCUUGGUUCUGUCGGCUCUGAUCGUCAUUUGGAGUUGUCAUUCACUGAUCCAUAUCAAAACUAAGCUCCCUUUGUGA